AGAGUAUAUAUGCAACUUUGUGGGUAUAGCAUAUCAUUUAUCGAUAAUACUUUGCUGUCUAUUGACAUUUCUCUGCAAAAACAGCUGUGGCUGUUGUCUAGUCAAGUUUAAUUGUGUAUUUGAUCAUAUUAAAAUGUCCCAUAUUUCACCUGUGGCCCCACCUCCUCCACCUCCACCGAUGUUGGUCAGUCGUGAGACAACUGCUCCAGCAAAAGAACCUCCAGUGGUAGUCAAUAUCACCACCGGUGAGUGCAGUUGGGCCUGGGAGUAUCCGGAGUUACAGAAAGGUUGCUACCUUAGUCGAGUAUGCGAGAAUGUUUCUCCUAAACACUGUCAAUAUUACUCCCUAAACAGCAUUGUGCAGGUUGGUCCCACUUGUGGCUUAGUGGCCUUGAGCAUGUUGCUCGGUGGUCAUCCCACCGCAGAUGAGCUUCUAAAGGAUGCUAUUGCACUGGAAUACACAAUAAAUGGAGAGUUUUUUAGUGCUCAGUAUUUGUAUGAGCUCGCCCGUAAACAUAUGACCGGACCUGUUGUAAGUCAGUUACAUGUCGGUCCUCUCGACUGUAAAAAAGUCAAGGAACUGUUAAAGGCUGGAGGCUGCCUACUAGUGCCUUAUGAUGCCGAUGUAAACCAUGCACCAUGCUUAAAGUCCGGACACCGAGCUCAUUGGGCUUUGAUUGUGGGCUAUCUGGUCGACGUACAGGAUAGGUACUAUGUCUUGGCUCGCCAUGGAAAGACGCGUAAUCUAGCCGUUUGGCCACUGGACAUGCUUAGCCAGAGCAAUGGUAAUUUAGUGCAGUUUGCACAGCCUAAGGGCUACCCGGAUAAUGACUUUUUGCAACCACCGGGAGGAAUCGGUGGAUCCCUUGGUCUCAAAGAGCGCUCGAUUCUAGUCAACGGCUUGCCUCAACAGGUCAUUCAUGUUCACUGCCCUUAGAUAUAUCGUUAUAUACACAAUUUCAAUAAAAAGUCUUUACUAUUUCGUA